AUGGGGCUGAGCAAAGUGGCCAUCAAAAGGGUGCCACGGGAGCGCGUCCGGCACUGGGGCGAGCUGCCCGACGGCAGCAGCGCACCCCUGGAGAUCGUGCUGCUGGCCAAGGUGUCCACUGGCUUCCCUGGUGUGGUCCAGCUGCUGGAGUGGCUUGAGCUCCCCAACGACGUCUUGAUGGUGCUGGAGCGCCCGGAGCGGUGUCAGGACCUGCAGCAUUUCAUUCGGGCACGGGGCUUCCUGCCCGAGGAGGUGGCGCGGGAGCUGUUCCGCCAGGUGCUGGAGGCCGUGCGGCACUGCACCAGCUGCGGGGUCCUGCACAGGGACAUCAAACCAGAGAACAUCCUGGUUGACCUGGCCACUGGGCAGGCCAAAUUGAUUGACUUUGGCUGUGGCACCUACCUGCAGGACACAGCCUACACUCACUUUGCAGGUGAGCCCACACAGGGUGUGCUCCUGGUCCCAGCAUCUCAUGGCCCAACAUCUCAGAGCCCAAGCUGGGUGUGGCAGUGGGGAUUCUCCCUUCUAUGA